AUGGCCACCGCAUCAUCGUCACCACUGUUACCGGACCAGCAGCAGACGCCGGCGGGCGGCGGCGGGCAGUCCUCGGGUUCGAUCGGACCGUUCUUCGCAGUGAUCUCUGUUCUAACUCUGCUGUCGAUUCUAUCUUGCUUUCUGGGUAGAAUUUGUAGCCGCGGAUCUGAAGAAACGCCAUUACAGAGUAGAAAUUGUUUGAGAUCUUUGAAGGGGCAGUUGCAGAGGCGCUGCGUUAAAGAUGUUGAGGUGGGGGUAAAAGGAAUUGAUUUGGGUGAUGGAGCUGCUGCAACUUCAAUGGAUCGAAAGUUUUACAAAGAUUGCCAUCUUCAAAAUCCUUCUUCUUCUUAA